GUGGAACAAAAAUACGUGGAUGUUAAUCGAAAUUUAAUUUGGAGGAAGAAAACAAGAGGGAAAUGAAUAAGAGCGGACCUCUCUAAACCCCUACAUCCAACGGCCAAUAUUACCUCUCCGCCAAAACCAGAUCUAAUCUCGACCGUCCGAUAUCCCCUAUAAUAAAAACCUCUUCACCAGUCUUCUCUUUCUCUCCUUUUCCCUCUUUUCCUGCUCCCUCUACUCAGCUCCGCCGCCACUCGACUUCCUUCUCUUCCUCCGGGGGAGCCGCUUCUUCAGAGGGCCGACGGUCGUUCCCUACCUCCGUUUGAGAAGCGGUCUUCCGAGGUUAUCAGAUCGGCGUCUCGUCGUUUCGUCCCCGAUCUCGAUCUGUCUCUGUAAUCCUCUUGCCAGGUGCUUGUUGGACUCUAAGAUCAGCUAUGGCGAGUGGAAUGGGAAUGAAACUCGAGAAAUCUGAGCCCAUUCAAGCGGGAUUGAAGCCCGAACCUCCAAGUAAAUUGGCUGAGCUUGACGUGGGUUUUGGAAAAGAUGGGAAACCAUCUGAUUCCCCUGCCUCCGUUCCCAAUGCAGCAACUAUUACUUCUGGGACAAAGGGUGAAAAUGGCCAUGAUUCCAAUGGGAAGCUUGAUGUCUACAAUCCACCAACAAAUGGCUAUGGUUAUUACUACCCAGGAUAUGGAGGACCCUAUGGGCAAUUGGAUGAUCAAGGAUUUUUCCAGACUGAUGGUUCCAUUGCACAGGGCAUGCAGUCAGAUAAUGGUUCUCUUGUCUACUUCUAUCCUGGCUAUGAUCCCUAUUCUACUGGGGCAGUUUUGGGCGUCGAUGGGCAAACUGUUGGUCAGCAACCCUAUUAUUCAUCUACUGGAUAUCUACAAAACCCAAUGUCAUAUGGAUCUGAAGCGUUGUCUUAUUAUCCUUGGGAUUCAACUUACAUGGGAAAUAUGCCAAAUGGUAAUGGUGCCUACGGUAAUGGAAAGUAUGGUCCCGGAUCUAAUGGUCUGAGUAAGUCCAACGGCUUGAGCACUACUCAACCAAAUGGAAACCUUGGAAGCAAGUUUCCUAAGGGUACAAAUACACAACCAACCAGACCACUAAACAAGGUUCCUCCUCUGGGUUCUGAAUUUUCAGCUGGCUAUUUUAAAGGGUAUCAACCUAUGGGGAAAUUUUCCCCAUUUAAUGGCCAAAAGCAAGUACCUUUCUCUCCAAACGGUUUCGUGAACUACAGACAAAAUGGAAGGAUGUGGAAUGGUAACUAUAGAAACAAGCCCAGAGACAGAACAUCGAAAAAUGGUGAUUUUGAGAAUGCUACUGAACUAGCUUGUGGCCCUAGGGCGUCCAACAGAAGUACCCCAUUGGAUCCUUCUGCGAAGAAAGAAGACCUGGAAGUAACAGCAUGUGGCGACCAGUACAACCUUCCGGAUUUUGAAAUCGACUAUGCAAAUGCCAAGUUCUAUGUCAUCAAAUCAUACAAUGAAGAUGACAUCCACAAAAGCAUCAAGUACAAUGUGUGGGCUAGUACACCGAAUGGAAACAGAAAGCUUGAUGAGGCAUUCCGCACUGCACAAGAAAAAUCCAGUGAGCCUGGUGGUACAAAUUGCCCAAUAUUUCUCUUCUUCUCGGUAAAUGGGAGUGGUCAGUUUGUUGGGUUAGCUGAAAUGAUUGGACAAGUGGACUUCAACAAGGACAUGGACUUUUGGCAGCUCAACAAGUGGAAUGGCUUCUUUCCAGUCAAGUGGCAUGUAGUUAAAGACAUUCCUAACAAUCAGUUGAGACACAUCAUACUCGAGAACAAUGAACACCGACCUGUAACUUUUAGCAGGGACACCCAGGAGAUUUUGAUGAAGCAAGGUUUAGAAAUGUUGAGUAUUUUCAAGACCUACUCGCCUAAGUCAUCGUUGUUAGAUGACUUCACCUUCUAUGAGACGAGGGAGAAGUCUGUCAAUGCAAAGAAGAACGUUAAGGCUACUACCGGGGAAGCAGAAACACUCGAGAAUGGUGAUAUCACAAAGGAUGCCAAAACUGGAGAAGAGAGAUCCGAAGAUGAUGUUAAGACUGGGAAGGGCGCUAACAGCCCCUCAAGUCUUGCUGAUCUAACUAAGAACCUCUCCCUAAAUGGCUGCAAUCUAAAGGAGAAUUCUGUGAUGAAGCCUAUCGAGAACGGGCUCCCAGCUGUUGUCGUUGUUGCUGCUGCUGCACCAUAGGAGACUGACGUAUGGGGAAUUAGAAAAAGCUGUACCAGUAGUAGUUUUUAUAGUUUUUUGCCAAUGUUAUAGCUCGAUCCAGAAGCGUUCCUUGUCUGUCCCCCUCCAAUGUGUUCUUUUGUCAUCUGAUUCCCUCUGUUCAUUUUGUUUCAGUUUUUCUUCUUUCAUGUUGUAAGCCAGUUUUCAUAGGCUUUUAAAGUUUUUUUUCUGGUCCUUAGAUGAGUAAUGUGUUUUGGCUUUCAUUUUAGCGGAAAUGCUUUGGUUUUAAGACUCUGUUAGGGAGCAGAUGAUUUUGUGGUGUCUAUUUUGGCCAUUUACAAUUUCCAUCCUUUUCUUUAUCAGUCUUCGGUUUUGAGCUCAAUUUUUCUUCAAUUUUAGUUAGGCCGUCGCUCGAGUCGACCUAGUUAUGCAACCGAGUUCUUCUUUAUCCAUUGUGAGUUGUGACUUGAUGAUCAUAUGGUGCAUAGCUGGAUCGGUUUGUUGGUUAUUUCGAUCAUUUCGUUUGCAAUGAUUCUAGAAUGAGUUGUAAGAGUGAUGGCAUGAACUUGAAUAUCUUUGUGCUAGCACAAAUUAGAGAGGGAACAAAAGCUUUCGAGG